CUCUCUCUCUCUCGUUUUUUCUUACUACUAUAAGGACUCGCAUGCACAUAUUUGAAUAGACCAAAACCCAUAUUAAAUCUUUAUGUGGUUGAUGCAUUUCCACAAAGAGAAAGCCUAUAAUUAAGAAUAUUGUCUCCAAUCAAUCUCAUAAAUGGGAGCUGGUGCUUUUGGAGAAGCCGGACGUACAAUAUAUCAAAAGUCCGAUAGUGAUUGCAAGCGAGAUGGCAAACGUGUAGAAUUUAUGCCUCCAAUCAUGGGUGAAAACUUAAGAGCAGCUAAUCAAUUUGAACUGAUGCCCCCCUCAAUUGCAUUCAGAUCAUAUCCCUAUUCAGAAGUACCACAAUAUUCUGGUGGCAAUGUGGCUGCUGCAUUUGGCGAAUCUACGGUACAUCAAAAUAUAGAAAGAUCAGUGCAUAAUGGUAGAAUGAUUUUGCCACUUGAAGUGAAGGAGGAGCCUAUGUAUGUAAAUGCCAAACAAUACCAUGGAAUUCUAAGGCGAAGNCCUUAUCUUCAUGAAUCUCGGCACCGGCAUGCGAUGAGAAGAGCUAGAGAUGGUGGCGGCCGAUUUCUCAACACAAAGAAGAAGAUCCAACUUACUACUAAUAAUAAUAAUAAUAAUGGGAAUACUAAUGCAACUCCAAGUAGUAAAGGCAAAGGUUCUUCAGCCUCAGAAGUCAGUUCCAUGGACUCUUAUUCUGGACAUAUUGGAUCAUCCAAUAGUACUGCUCAUGUCCAGGGAUUUCAGUUCCAAGGAAUACAUAAUACAGAAAAUCCUCAACUGGGUUGUCAUUAUCAGUGGAAUCUCAAUGAUAACCAUUGCAAUUGCAUGCAGUCAGGAGCUUCUAAUAUCCAACCAUUUUGA